AUGUCGGACUCUAAGAGGAAACAGCCCAGCUCCAGAGGCGGCGAUGCCCACCCAGCGAAGAGAAGCAAAGGCGGGAAGGGUGCAGGUGCGUGGCAGACGCCCCAACACAAGGCUAAGGUUGCCAGCCUUCAGGACAAAGGCGUCACUAUCGGCAUCGGAGACAAGGGCAUUUGGGUUACAUUUGCACGAGGCAUGGACGCGAAAGCAAUCAGCGAGUUCAACUUGCUCUGCGACGAGUAUGGCAAAACGAUGUAUAACAUUGCCCCUCCCGACGAAGAUGUUGAAUCGGACAACGAGGCUGAGGACAUCGAGGAUUCCAUCAAGAAGGAGCUCGAAGGUAUUAGUGGCGGUGGCAAGAGCAAGUCCAAGCGCAAUUUCAAAGCUAUCAAGGCCGGCAUCGAAUGUGUCUUCUUCAUGAAGACGAGAGAUCCAGUGGAUCCUGUUGAGCUCUGCCGCCGGAUCUGCCAAGAUGCUAGCCUUUGCACAGACUUGAAGGAGCGAAAAACCAAGUAUAUCAACCGACUGACGCCGGUUACGUUUGUCGAUAAGGCCUCGGAGAAUGGCGUAGCAAGAGUGGCCAGGAAGGCCUUAGCAGCUCACUUCGAGUUGACGAUGGACACCCUUCCUAGGAGUACGGAUAGCGAGAUUACGGAGGGACCAGUGGAAACUGGACUUGGGAAAGAGGAUGUCAGGGAACAGGAGAUGAGAUCAGAAACGCCAAGAGAGGCUGAGAAGCCAGCCUUCACGGUCAGUCUCAAAACGCAGGACAUCUAUCCCAAGUCGGUGCUAAUACACCGCCAGUAUGCCAUCCGGCCUUCGAUAAGAAGCAAUAGCUCACUUGACCGCGACAAGCUCAUCAGUCAAAUCGCCAAGGCCGUCAAUCCGCGACACAAAGUUAACCUUACUAACCCUGACAAGGUGGUGCUGGUCGACGUCUUUCAGAGCUUCUGCGGCAUGAGUGUCAUUGAGCGUAGUGACUGGGAUGGGCUCAAGAAGCUCAACGUCAACGAGUUGUAUAAAGCUUCUCCCGGGGCAAAGCCAAAGGAUAUGGGCGCCGAGGCGAGCGGUGAAGGUGGAUGCGGCGUCUUGGAUGCGAUGUGA